AUGAGUUCUAGUAUCCUUGGCAAGAGUAUGUCUGGUAAGAAGUGGGAGGACACUGUGAACCAUGCUCAGACAUCUAAACAUUGUACUUCUCUUGUCCAUCACUCUUUGCCCUCAUCUGACGGUCUUUACACCAAGAACUUCGACAACCCGGAUUGCUCCAAUGUAUACAACUUUGGGACUUCUGACAUGCAUGGUAGUUAUAAUCCUACACUACCUGGUACAUCAUUUCAAGGUAUCAUUUCAUCCAGACUUCCCAGUUCGCCUACAAGUACUCUGGAGGAACAUGGAUUGCAGAAAAAUAGCAAUAUAGAUCAUAUCUAUGACCAAUCUUCCAGUGUCCCAGGCAAUGGCUACAACUCCCCGCUCUGCGACCUAGGGCCUCUUUUAUCUGAUGGGGACAUAGAAAACUGGCUGCCUUUUGGGAAUUGUGAUCGAACCUGUCCUCGAGAACCAUGGUUUGGAAUCAGUUGCUAAUCAACAGAGUGCCGUCCAUGCUGUAGCUGUUACUAGUGGUUAGCCCCGGCAGAGAUGGUUGUUCCUGAUGAGAAAGCUUGUCAGUUCGAAAAAGAACAAUGUUGCUAAAAAGCCGAGACAUUACUAAUGUGAUUGUCACGCCUCCACCCCGGAUCACAUAGGGUGAGCAGCGGAUCGGCCACCAAGGCCUUAACCAACUAUUUUUGUGCAUAAUUAAUGUAAAAUACAGUAGAAGACAAAUAAUUAAGUG